AUGGGUGUUGGACGUCGCAUGAUCAAGCAGGGCCCUCCGCCCCCGCUCGAUGAAUCCAAGAUUACCAUGCUGAAGAAGCGCAAGGCCGGUGAGCCCGAAAUUGCGCCCAAGGCUAAGGCCGCUCCUGCGAAGAAGCGCCGCAGAUCCGAUGCCGAUGAACAGACCACUUCAAAAAAGGCCGCCCCAAAGAAGUCCAAGGCCAAUGGUGCUCCCAAUGGAUCUGCUAAGGCAGACAAGAAGAAGGUUGUUGAGAAGAAGGUCGCCGAAAAGAAAAAGCCCGUUCCCAUGUCAGACUCCGAAGAUGAGGACGAGGAGAUGGAAGAGAUGGAGGAUGAUGAGUUUGGAGAUCUGGAUGGGGUCAGUGAUGGAUCUCUCGACAGCGAUGAAGGUGUUGGACGGUUGUCGGAUUUGGAGGAUGAUGAUUCAGUGAUUGACUCCGACGGGGACGACCACCCCCGCGAGACCAUGUUCUCUGACGACGAAGAUCUUUCCGACGCCGAAGAGCAGCUGACCGCCGCCAACAUCGAGGGUCUGUCUCGAAAGCUCGAUGCAGAGCAGCAGGCUGAAGCGGAGGAGGCUGAGCAGGAAUUGCAGGAGGCCGCUAUGCAAACAAACAUCGCUGGUGAUCGCCCUGAUGUCUUUGGUCAGGAUGGCCAGCCUGGUCUUGCGCCGGAUCUGCAGCUGCUCCGUCAACGCAUCACUGAUACCAUUCGAAUUCUCGGUGAUCUGAAGACCCUGGGUCAGGCCGAUAAGUCGCGUGCCGACUACGUCGACCUUGUUCUCAACGAUAUCUGCACAUACUACGGCUACACCCGCUACUUGGCCGAGAAGCUGUGGAACCUGUUCACCCCCAUGGAAGCAUUCGCCUUUUUCGAAGCCAACGAGACCCCUCGUCCUGUAGUCAUCCGUACCAACACUCUGCGAACAAACCGUCGAUCCCUCGCCCAGGCCCUCAUCAACCGUGGCGUCGUUCUCGAGCCUGUGGGUAAAUGGUCCAAGGUUGGACUGCAAGUUUUCGAAUCCGCUGUCCCUCUGGGUGCCACCCCCGAGUAUCUGGCCGGUCACUACAUUCUCCAAGCCGCCUCUUCAUUCCUCCCCGUCAUGGCGCUGGCACCCCAGCCCAACGAGCGUGUUCUGGACAUGGCCGCUGCCCCCGGUGGUAAGACUACCUACAUGUCCGCCCUGAUGCGCAACACCGGUACCGUCAUCGCCAACGAUGCCAGCAAGCCCCGUGCCAAGGGUCUGAUCGGUAACAUUCACCGUCUGGGCUGCAAGAACACCAUCGUCACCAAUAUGGAUGCCCGCACUGCUUUCCCCAAGGCUAUCGGCGGAUUCGACAGAGUUUUGCUCGAUGCCCCCUGCACCGGUACCGGCGUUAUCUCCAAGGAUGCCGGUGUCAAGACCUCGAAGGAUGAGCGCGAUUUCCUCGCCAUCCCCCACAUGCAGCGUCAAUUGCUCCUCGCCGCCAUCGACUCUGUUGACCACUCUUCCAAGACCGGUGGAUACAUCGUGUAUUCCACUUGCAGUGUCACCGUGGAGGAGAACGAGGCCGUUGUGCAGUACGUGCUGCGUAAGCGCCCCAACAUCAAGAUUGUCGACACUGGACUCGGCGACUUCGGCAGCCCCGGUUUCACCAGCUACAUGGGCAAGAAGUUUGACGCAAAGAUGACCAUGACCCGCCGCUACUUCCCCCACCGCGAGAACGUCGAUGGUUUCUACGUCUGCAAGCUGAAGAAGACCGGCCCGACCCCCGUUACCCAGUCGUCCACCACCGAGACCUCCACCAAGCCUGGCCGGGCUCGUUCCAGCUCGAAGACCGAAUCAACCGACGACGAGUCGUAUGACAAGACCCCUAUUCUUGACGAAGAUGGAUCUGCUCAAGACCACGAAGGUGGAUCUUUCGGUCCUUUCGCCGAGGACGAGGACCAAGAGCGUAUCAACCGCGCUGAGCGCAAUCGUCUCCGCCGCAAGGGUCUUAACCCCAAGGGUGUUCUGAACAAGCCUAAGAAGAACAAGGAUGCCUCCGCUUUGAAGGAUACCGAGAACCCCAAGGAGGAGAAGUCCGAGGCCAAGAAGCCCGAAGUAAAGAAGUCUGAGGCCAAGAAGCCCGAGGAGAAGAAGCCCGAAGCCGCAAAGAAGUCUUCCAACGAAGGCAAGGGUGAGAAGAAGACGGUGACAAAGGGAGAAGAGAAGAAGGAGAAGAAGUCGGCCAAGAAGUCGGCCAAGAAGUCGGCCAAAUGA